AUGGCGGACAAGAUCAAGACGGUGGUGGUGCUGAUCCAGGAGAACCGCUCCUUCGACCACAUGCUCGGGUGGAUGAAGUCCCUGAACCCGGCGAUCGACGGCGUCACGGGCGCGGAGCUCAACCACGCGGUCGCCGGCGACGCCUCCUCCCCGGCCGUCCACUUCGGCAACGCCUCCCAGUACGUGGACCCGGACCCGGGCCACUCGUUCAUGGCCAUCUACGAGCAGGUCUACGGCGACCCCUACACCUGGGGCGGCGCGGCGCCGGCGACCAAGCCCGGCGUGGCGGUGCCGCCCAUGAGCGGCUUCGCGCAGCAGGCGGAGAAGGAGAAGGCCGGCAUGUCGGCCACCGUCAUGAACGGGUUCCGGCCCGACGCCGUGCCCGUCUACCGCGAGCUCGCCCGGGAGUUCGCCGUGUGCGACCGGUGGUUCGCGUCCGUGCCGUCGUCGACGCAGCCCAACCGGAUGUUCGUGCACUCGGCGACCUCGCACGGCCUCGUCGGCAACGACAAGAAGAUGCUCCGCGCCGGGAUGCCCCAGCGCACCAUCUUCGACGCGCUCCACGACGCCGGCCACUCGUUCGGCAUCUACUACCAGUUCCCGCCGGCCGUCCUCCUGUACAGGAACAUGCGGCAGCUCAAGUACAUCAACAAGUUCCACCCCUACGCCCUCGACUUCAAGCGGCACUGCAAGGAGGGCAAGCUCCCCAACUACGUCGUCAUCGAGCAGCGCUACCUGGACCUCAAGCUCUUCCCCGGCAACGACGACCACCCCUCGCACGACGUCGCCCACGGCCAGCGCCUCGUCAAGGAGGUCUACGAGGCGCUCCGGUCGAGCCCGCAGUGGAACGAGACCCUCCUCGUCAUCACCUACGACGAGCACGGCGGGUUCUUCGACCACGUCCCCACCCCCGUCGACGGCGUCCCCAGCCCCGACGGCAUCGUCAGCGCCGCGCCCAUCAGCUUCGCCUUCGACCGCCUCGGCGUCCGCGUCCCGGCCAUGCUCGUCUCGCCAUGGAUCGAGCCGGGCACAGUGAUCCACCGGCCGUCAGGGCCGGAGCCGACGUCGCAGUACGAGCACUCGUCCAUCCCGGCGACGGUGAAGAAGAUCUUCAACCUCAAGGAGUUCCUCACCAAGCGUGACGCCUGGGCCGGCACGUUCGAGACCGUGCUCACUCGCGCCACGCCAAGAACCGACUGCCCAGAAGAGCUGCCGGAACCGGUGCGGCUGCGGUCGGCGGAGGCGGAGGAGCACCGGGGGAUCUCGGAGUUCCAGGCGGAGCUGGUGCAGCUGGGCGCCGCCCUGAACGGCGACCACGCCACGGAGGCCUACGAGACCGACAAGCUCGUCGAGGGGAUGACCGUCGCCGAGGCCGCCGACUACUGCCAAACUGCGUUCGCGCGGUUCAGGGAGGAGUGCCAGCGGUGCCACGAUUGCGGCAUGGACGAGUCCCACAUCCCGGCGGUCCAGCCGGCGGCGCCGCCUCCAUCUGCAUCCAAGCUGUGCAGCUGCUUCCCCUGCUUCAGUGCGUAAGAAUGUGUAGUGCGUCUCUAUCGAUGGAUUCGGACGUUGCCUUUUGUAAAGUGUGCAUAUGCUUGUGGUUUGCUUUGCUUGAUUUGUUUGUUGUUUCGUAAAGGAAAGAUUGGUUUUGUAGUGUGUUGUGUUCAAUUUGUUAGUUUGUUGCAUUGUUAAGCGAGAAAUAAGGAUGGACUGAUAUGAACAUUUGUUGGCACUAUAUUUCACAUCGU